UAGCAAGUCAAAGCUUAGCGGCUUAAGAGCGUACAGCGAUGCCGGCUCGGCCUCGGUGAAUGAAUGCCAACAGGAGGAGCAGGUGUGGCCGAAAACGCUGCCCAGCUAGCUCGGUAUCAGCGUGUCCUCUCUGAGAAGUAAGUUACAGUCUACGUUACAGCUUCAGGGUUUGCCUUGAAAGAUUACGCACCUUCUCCAUGAUGGUGGGAACGUCAGACACGCCGGGUUGUUGGAGCUUCUUGUGCUGGCUGUGAUGGAGGAGGAGGGCUGGAGGAGCAUGUAACGGUUAGCAGCGCUAGCUAACUAGCUACUUAACCGAAACUGCCGUCCUAUCCUGGCCAGUCGGUUAAAAAACAGGUAAAGACUUCUACGCACAGGUUGUUCUUUCCAUUCUAUAUCCAGUUGGUUGUGACAAACCGGCGCUAAACUCAGAGAAUAACCGACGUUUUCAUUGCAGGAGUUAGCAAUGCUAGUUACACUGGACUUCUUCGGCUAGCAUGAUCACUCGAUGGUAACGACGCUUCCUUGGUCUACGCCCCGAGUGCGGCUAUUGGUCAGCUCUCGGCACCACGUGGUAGUAGCUCUGCGAGACAGCCAAUCACGAGGCGCCGCAAUCCUUGGGCCUCUUCCGAAAACAAUGCCUGGAAAUCUCCCUCUACAGCAGCAAGACGAGCUGAAAGAUCGAACCCUGAACAACUACUCCCCCAAGAGUUUAUUGGAUGUUGUUGUUUUUCCGUUUGUAUACCCAUCAUGUCCGCACACAGGCUACAGCAUGUUUCCAACUGCUCAUUUGUUUACAUGUAAACAUUUAUGCUCAUGAAAAGCAUAAAUUUGUAUUUGCCAGUGUCAGAAACUGAUAUUGCUAACUGAGUGAUCCAUAUUCUACUGAAAUUUUCAUUUCAGGAAAAAACUGAAGCCCUCAGUGCUCAACCAAUUUAACUAUGUAUAUAAAGAUUAAAGUAAAAUCACAAAGGGUAAUACUUUGAGAAGAAUAGUAUUUAAUUUAACCAACACUCCUUUAGUCUCCUAUGGUCUCUGAAGCAAGCAUUAAUUUUUAAGAUCGCUUUAGUGAUCACAAUCAAGCAUUAUUUGUAAUGUCAACAACAAAACAAGUUCAGGCCCACAGCUGAAUACACCCGCUUUCUUAUCAAAUUAGUAUAAUUACAUCAAACUUAACGUUAAGAGAAGUUUUUUUACUCUGCCAAGGCUGUUAAUGAAUGCAAUGCUGCAGACAUAUUCAAUUUUAUGAUUUAUUCUAACCCCAGCUGGUUUAUUUGUUGAACUGACUAUGUGUAGAUAUGCAAAGUUACUAUUAUAAGAGGUUUAGUACAUAAUUCUGAUAGAUUUGGAAGAAAUUACCCAGAGACACAAUGAUAUUUAAGAUAAUUAUUUCAGCCUCAAGGGGAGAGUGAUGUAUGUUGAGCCAAAGGGUAAGUUGAGCCACCCCCUGUCGCUUGGAAAUGGUAAAAGAAAUUGAUCAUGUGACCAAAUAUUUAGGAGAUGGGCAUCAAGCCUUGAUGUAGAGAUCUGAAAUAUAAAAAAUGGCUCCUCUUACCCCCACUCUCCCCUACAAAACAUAUGAAUUAUCACUCAGUAAAACAGAAAUUUUUGUUAGUCAGAUGGAUGUUCUUAUCUAGUAUCUCAUUCUGUUCCAUGAUAUCAUGAAACCUCAUACUUUAUGAAGCCUGAAUUAGUCUAAAUUAGCACUGGAGGGAGGGAGCUCACAUGGUUUACAUGCUCUUGAUUUCUGUCAUCUUUCCUCACCUCACUAGCACCUGCCUCCUGAACCGCUUACACAGAGUAACCUAGCAACAACGGCCAUGGUAACUGCCUCAGCACCAACUUAUUAUGACGCUGCAUGUAGAAUGGCGUGCUGUGAAGGAGGGAAUAUUUGCAAAUGAUGACAUUCAUCCAAGGCAGGUAUGGCAACAAUUUAAUACUGAAACAGAAAUAGAUAUAACAGCAUGGUACCUUGAGUAUUUUCAAGACGGUCAAGCUAUUAACAUGCGGUCAAAGAAGUCUUUAACCUUUCAAGAAAAUAUCAUAGGCUACAGCAUACUAGAUGUGAUCAAAUUCAAAGACAGACGAACAAGAUUUAAAGGCAGAUUGUGCAACAAGUAAUACAUCACUCAUAGGCUACCCUACAUAAGUCUAGUCUUACACAAAAUAUAUUGUGAAAGCUGACAGAAAACUGAAAUAAGUGUUUACUACAAAUAAAACUUAUGAUGGCUGGAGAUUUUUCAAAAGUUUUUAAAAGCUAUGUUGUCAAUGAAAAAGCUGAUGAAUGAAGAUAAUUCAGGUGGGACAGAAGCCUUUUUUUUAUAAAGCUACUUAUUGAAAUAAUGCAGGAAUUUAACAAGUAACACUUCAAUCCCACAAAUUUACACCUUUUUCAGAUUUUCUUUUAUUUUGUUUUAUAUAAAGUAGGCCUAUACGGAGGGAGUGCCUGUCUUUCAGAGGUCGAUGCACCGGUUGGUUGUUUGGCGUCACGGAGCAGCAGGGGGCAGCUCUUCCCGUCCACGAGCCGAACCUGCAGGUCAACGUGGUUCAGGUCAUGCGGUGAAAAUCUCUGACAUCCAACUGAACUCCCAACACUGUCACCAGACCUGAACAUGGUGACACAAGGGGACGGCUCUCACCAAAAUUCGGACCUAAAGGUGUGUGAACCGACCACAGGUAUGCUGUCAGUCUGCUGAUACCAGCCGCCAUGUGGAGGAAACUUCCAGGACAACCGAAUCCAGAUAAAUUAGAUUAUUGGAUUGGCUGCCACAGAUUAUAGCUCUCCUACAUCCGCGAUGCCUCAUAAGAAAACCGCAUCUAACCAAUCAUUUUAGGCGGAGUUUACCAAAGUAGAAAGGUAAGUUUUUGCUCUUUUUAUGACACUAUCUUUUUAUUUUCUGUUAUUUAUGUUGCACUAUUAUACAAACUGUAGAUUAGCCUAACUAUAGUCCACAGACAUGAAAUGGUCACUGCAUGUUAGACGACAACGAGACAAACGGGUUAUUAUGCAACCUGUUAGAAAGAUUGUGAAUAUUAAACAACUAUGUGGGUUAAAAAAAUGAAAAAUAUACUGGCAUUAACCUUAUUUCAGAUGUCAGACGGCAGCUUGUGGCCUUUUCAACUCUCCCUGUUGUCAACAGUAAAUAAACGGGGGCCAUCUUCAACCAACAAACGCCUGUGUUAUUUAACAUUAGCCACAAAGCUUAGUUACAGAUACAUUAUCAUUAUUUUUGUUUGUCUUAAAUGUGUUCCCCUUUUCUCACUAGCUAAACCCAAUAAAAAAAAAUUACUCCAGAAGUGCAAAAUAAUAAUAAAUACAUUUGUUUUUGAAUGAACAGCCCCACCUCCAAAAUCUGAAGGAUUCAUUCAUACAAAUGCUCAGGCUUAUAAACAACAAACAACACACAGUGUAUUGACAAUGGGAACUUGACUGUAAAUCAGUGCUUUUCAACACAUACCAUUAUAUAUAUAUAUAUAUAUCUAUAAUAGCAAAUAGGUAGCCUACUCUGGCAGCACAACUUCAAUACUGUUUAGUAAAGUAGAGUCAGAAGAGAAUUAGGUAAUGCCGUUAGACUGAGUUGUAAGUUUUUCGUUUUAUGCCAUGUUAUCCUGAGUGAUAUAAAACAGUUUCUAUACAGAAAUCCUUAAAGGAACCAUGAAUCAGAGAUGCAUAGAGAUCCAUAUGGGUUAAAAUGUAGUACACAACAGAAGCGAGUGAUCCGGAUUCACUGUUUAGUGACUAUUAAUUAGAAGAGCCUGAGUCUAUUAGGCCAGCGCUAGUGAAUAGUGGGUUCAUGUGCAGGACAGUGAACCUACUGUUCUUAUAAGUCCUCACAGCAGUCUCAGCUCUUUUCUAGGCAUCAGUUCUCACUAUGACUGUGUCUGAUUUACGUGAGUGAUUACUUAACAGCGUCCUGCAGCCACUGAGCAGAAGUGACUACAAGAGGAAUUGGAUGGAUUUUUCCAAGAAGAGGUGCAGUUUCUGUCAUAAUUUAGGAGUGAAGAUGGAAGAGUAGCUUCUACUUUUCCUCAUUAGUUAACCAUAAGUUAAUCUUAAGCAACACAACUCUCACUUGACUGCUCCAGUGGCCCAUAAAAAAACAGCAGUAGUGCAGAGCAGGUGCUCAGAGGUGAGAUAUUUUUGGCGUUGCAAAGAUGUGAUCUCCUCUAAGUACCAAAAACAGUCCAGUUUUGCAAUGUUGACCUCUUCCACCGUGGGUAUAUUUUAGGAUUGUGUUUACUCUCAAAACUGAAAAAAGUAUAUUUUGCAAUUUAAGCAGAUCCAGAUCAAGAAGCCUGAUGCAGUCUGUUUUAUUGCCAGGAACUGAAAUUGCAAUCUAAGUGAUCAAUAUUCUACUGCACUUUUUCAUUUCAGUGCUCAACCAAUUUAACUAUGUAUAUAAAGAUUAUAGUAAAAUCACAAGGGGGAAUACUUUUAGAAGAAUAAGGUGUGCUUACCAGUAUUUAAUUUAAGCACCACUCCUUUAGUCGACUUGGUCUCUUAAGUAAGCAUUAAUUUCAAAGUUAAUUAAGCAACUCAGUCGGGGGUCAUAAUGCGUUUAGAGGUUAUUUGUAAAUGUAGCAUUAGGGUAUUUUUUAAUGGAGAUUUCUGCAAGAAAAAAAACUCAUUUUCUUGUGUAAUUUAGAUAGUUUGCAUAAUUUAAAGCUCCUGUGAGGGCUUUUAAGCUGGUUGUGAAACAGACUGGAGUUCAUACUGAUGCUUCUAUGUGAGCUAAAAGAGGGCAAUCCGACAACCAGGAGUACAACUGAUAAUUUGGACAUGGUACUUUAUAAUGUUGACAGUUGCAGAUAUUGUGUUGGUGCCAUGUGAGGUGAUUUACCCUUAUCUACAUUUUCUGUGGCAGAGUGAUAUAUUUGACAAUAAUAAGACAAAGGCUGAGAGAUCAGCUGAGCCGAAAGACGUCGUACCCUGUGCCUUAAUGAUGGGUGCCCUCUGAUGUGGGGCUAAUAUUACAGUUGGUUAUAGGACCUGCUCAGCAUCUUCCCUUUGUUCACACACAGCUCUGUAAAACACAACUGUUUAGAUAAAGGUUGUGCAGGUUUAAGUAGAAAGAGCACGAGAACAGCCAGUAAAGCAGGAAUGCUGUAAUACAAUUGGGUCCCCGAUCCCCUGAUAAAAAUAGGAUAAAACAUAUCGCACGCAGGGAAAGGCUGUCCCUGUUUACUGUCUCUGGAGAAGAGAGAGCCAGAUUGUGUUGUGUGGACUUAGACAGAGAGACGGAGAGCAUAAUCCUUGGAGCGGAGAGAAGAGCAACAGUAAGGCAGGAUAAUACCAGCAGCAGAGAGACUUGCAGACCCUGCUCUGCUGCUUAGCUGUUACCAUGGACGUUAAUCAACUGACAGCUUAGUAUCCUGUUAACCGUGUAGGUAGUACAUAUGAGACUUGAACAUAGUCUGCACAUAGUCUUAAUUACUCUUGGGAAUUUAUCCCUGAUGUGUAGCAUUUGUCAGACUUUUCCUGUGUCCUUUAUAGAGUGCAGGACACACUGAGGCUUAAUGAAGCUCUCUUUAUUCCUAAGUAUCAUUUAUGAAGCAUAUUCACCUGGCUUUACUUCAAAAAGUACAGUUUAUUACUUUGGUAACAGUUUUUUUUGGUUAGUCUCAGUGUGUGGCCGUGUGUGCUGGUGCAGAGUGUGGUCACAUGGCGGACAGCUUUAAGGCAGGGAGCUAUUACUGUCCCUUUCUAUUAAUACCACCAAAGUCCGCGCUGAGGGAGGAUGCUGCUCACUUACUUCUGACAGAAAGUCUCAAGGGUUUGGGUUGUAGUUACUCACCAGAUUAAGAAGGUGUCUACAUGACAUGAGAAGAAUAUACAGUGCAGGAUUACAUGAAAUGUUAAUUAUAAGAAGUGGGAUGCAAACAUUAAAGAGUGCAUACUAUUCAUAAAGCAGUUUCUAUCAGCUGCUCUGUAUAUUUUACACAAUAUUAGAUGUUUAUAUUUUGCAUGAAAAACAUAACAAAUCCACAAAUUCGUUUUAACCACUGUGUUGUCUGAGGGUAUAACUUUAAUCUCAGGGGAAUAACUUAAAUCCUGCUGAUGCAGAAUAGGUCAGAUAGUUGGUGAACUGAUCAAAGUUGAUGACGUUUUGACCCACUUCAGGAUUUGUGAUUAGAUCUCUGCAAAAUGAGCACUUUCAGAACAUAGCGUACUUUAAAAUUAUAAUAAUUAAAUGGACCUCUUUUCUAGGCAACUGUCACUUUGUCUUGAUUAUGGCGCCCCCUGUAGACAAAGUGAUGUUGUUUUGUAAGUUUAGUACUCUUGUCGUGUACAGUUGUUUGUAGAAGAAGCUUUUAGCUAGAUUCCCUGUGCGGACUUUCUAGUUUUUUAUGUCUGUUGCACUUUGAGAUUGUUUGCCCAAUAUAAAGUGCACUAUAGAUAAAGUUCAUUGUUAUUAUUAUUAUUAGAAUUCAUUGAGAUAAGAACGACUUUAUUGAUCGCUGAAGGGAAAUUCAAUGAAGGGAAAUCUUCUUCAUCCCUUUGACUGUCUUACUCACUACUGACUGUGACACAUUGCUGGGGGAAAUGUAAACAAAGACUCUUUCGAUGUACUUCCUGGAAGCGGCUCAGUCUUAAUCCAGCUCCACAGCAGCAGCAGCUAUAAACAUCUGAGAUUGUGAUUGAGAAAGUUCUCUUCGAUGGUCCAGUUUGUUUUUGUGGGUCAUAUAGAGGCGUUAUUUUUACCUAUAAGUUUGAAUAUUUUUAAUUUAACUGUGUAAUUAGAAUGAAGUGUUACUUUUACUUUGAGUAAGAAACCUGGGGACUUUUCCAGUAUUGAUAAUUUUGAGGUUGGUGGGUUGGAGUAAUUAAAAAACCCCAACUACAAUAUAAAUGUGUAUAUAAGCUAAAACAUACAUACAAUUAACAUGCAGAGAAAUUACUUCAUAAGAAAAUUGGAUCGUUUUGUUUUUUGGUGUAUUUAAAGCUCCUGUGAGAAACUCCCAGUUUGGCAUGAUUUUGGCGCCCCCUGUGGCCAAUACUGCACCUGUUACAGCUUUACAGGUUGCUAAAGUUAGCUAGCUGACUCUUGUCUGCCUCCGUAGCACAUGUAGUAUAAACAUUAUUAGUUAAAAUGUGUUUUAUCGCUAGUUACAAAUUUUUCACAGAAGCUUUCAACCCCACACAAAGUCAUCAGAGAAGAAAAAUGUGAUAGGAAUAGAUUUCACUGCAGAGUUUGAAUCAGCUUUUUUCUCCACGGAGAAAUGUUUUUCCAAUAUUUUUUGUUUGAUUUUUUAAUCCUGCGUGGAAAAACCCUACGUAACAAACAGAGAUGUAAAACAAAUAUAAACACAUAGAGAAAUUAUUUCAAAAAUUAGCUUAAAAAUCAACAUGUUGUUGAUUAUCUGUGGCUUUGUGUCAUGUAUUUUCGAAAAUAUGUGCUCAUGUGUGUUUUUGUAAAUGUUUUAUCUACAGACUGGCAGCCAUGCUGACCAGCUUUAUAGAGGGUCUACUCUGCUGCCUGACCUCGAAGUCGACCAAUGUGGUUGUCCCUGUAGAAACCUCUGAACCCGCUGACGGCUUUGAGUUUGUGGAGGUGAAACCAGGCCGUGUCCUGAGGGUUAGACACAUCAUCCCUGACCGACCGGUGGUGGAGGAACCCACUGGGACAGGCGGGAGUGUCAGCUGCAAGCGAAAGAUCACAGUAUAUCGUAAUGGACAGCUUUUCAUUGAGAACUUGGGUGAACGGGCAAGUGGAGAGCUGAAAAACUACCAGAAUGGAGACACAGAACCAAACAGCACUGUGGAGGUUGAACUGACAGACUCUGUUAACACAGCGCCUCCUCCCAUCGGGCCUGAGCCCACGUCUGAGUCUGCUUCAGCUGCAAAAGAUGGGACAUCUGAUGUAGGACCUGCUGCUGCUGCUGCACAGACUGAACAAUCACAGCAACCCAGGAGGCGCAGGCGGAAACCAAAGCGCACGGUGGUGAUAGACUGUGAGAGAAAGAUCACGGCCUGUAAAGGGACUCAUGCAGAUGUAGCUCUGUUCUUCAUUCAUGGAGUUGGAGGCUCACUGGACAUCUGGGGGAGCCAGUUGGACUUCUUUUCUCGUCUGGGUUAUGAGGUGAUCGCUCCAGAUCUAGCAGGACAUGGAGCCAGCUCAGCACCACAGAUAGCUGCUGCGUUUACUUUCUACGCCCUGGCAGAGGACAUGAGACUUAUUUUUAAAAGAUAUGCUCGCAAAAGGAAUAUUCUCAUAGGGCAUUCAUACGGGUAAGUCGAAGGUCCCAACAUCUUCAAGUAAAGCUCGGCUGAAACAGUUUUUCAACUAUAAUACUUAUUACACUAACUUCUUACUUAUUUUAGGUAGACUAUGAUAUAUACUUUGAUAUACUUUGCUAUCUGUGCCAAAAUAUCAGCAUACAGCUUGUCAAAUUCCCACCACACUUUCCAAACAGCCAGCAUUUGUCGGCCCGCCUCCUCUGGUCUGUCCUCUAACCAGCCGUCUAUUUCGCUCUCCUAGUGUGUCGUUCUGUACCUUCCUGGCCCAUGAAUAUCCGGAGCAAAUUCACAAGAUGGUGAUGAUAAAUGGAGGAGGUCCCACCGCUCUGGAGCCCAGCCUCUGCUCCAUCUUCAACCUGCCAACCUGUGUGCUUCACUGCCUCUCCCCUUUGCUAGCCUGGAGCUUUCUUAAGUAAGACACACAGCAACACUAAAGUAACGGAUACAGAAACUUCAUUUUUCCCAGCUAGAAUAAAGUCACUCAAAAAUAACUGCUGAAUACAUUUUAUUUCAAUGUAAGUGACGUAAAGUCUAACUUGAUUUUAUUGGACUUCAUAUUUUAAAUCAGCUCCUGAUGACGUUCUUUUAAUUAAUUCUAGUAUCUGAAUUUACAACAAAACAGCUGUGCUCAUUUACAGACAUUUGCCGUGUCUAUGUUCUUAUUCAUAUUAUUUAAAUCCUUUUUUUUUAAGUUUAUUCGUAACUUAGAUCUAUCCCCUCUCCUCUGCUCCCCACAGGGCAGGCUUUGCUCGGCAGGGUGCCAAGGAGAAGCAGCUGCUGAAAGACAACAAUGCCUUUAACGUGUCGUCCUUUGUGCUGCGUGCCAUGAUGAGCGGGCAGUACUGGCCUGAAGGGGACGAGGUGUACCAUGCUGAACUCACAGUGCCCAUCCUGCUGAUUCACGGCAUGCACGACAAGUUUGUCCCGAUUGAGGAGGACCAGCGCAUGGCAGAGGUGAGCGAGCCUUUAAUGACGCUAGCUGACGCCAGUAAAUCAACAGACUGACAGAAUUAUUUUCCUUCACUUUACAAACGAAUGGAAAAAGCACAUGAGACUAUUGAAACCCUAUUUAAUAAUGAAUACAUUUUUAAGAUUAUGAGAAUUUUUCCUUUUAAAUUUGUACUGAAUAAAAGUAGAUAUGAUAAACACAGAAUAUUUUAAAACAAAUCUAACAACACCAACAAGACAAACACAAUAUUUAAGUACUUGGACCCUUAUUUCUGAAAUCUCAGGGUUUUGUUUUUCAACAGUACAAGCAUAAAAAAAUGUCUCUCAGCUUUACAGAAAUUUUCAGCAUUUGUUAAAUUAGUUUGUGUACUUUGAAGUAAAUCAGUUUCACGUUUCUUAUCAAUUUUGUGUCCAGAUGCAGGGAACUGUUUUCAGCAAAAAAAGCCGCUUUAAGCUCAGAGUUAACCAUCUCACUGCAGACAGACAAACAUGCAUCUUUAAUUCUAACCUAGAGGAGCAUUUAGCUGCUAAAGGAUCAGAUAUCACCCUGAAGGGUUGGUGGAGACAAUAACUGAGCAAAUAAGAGAGUGAUUAAGUUACAGAUAGGUAAAAGAAGAGUUGCAAAUACGUGCUGAUGUUCAUCAAAGUUUAUUGGCUAGAGAACAUUGAAGUGGUACGUCACAGUCCUGUAUCUAAGUCAUUUCUACUGCCACCAAGUGGUCAUAAAAAGCACUUUAUUGGUGAUUAAAUGCUGUUAAGUACAAGAAAAUUGUUGCAUCCACUGACAGUUGUCUAGUCUUUUGUUUUCAAGAGUUAUUCACAGAAAAAAACAACAUCAAAACAAAUUACUCCUUUCAGCAUGUUUGUUGAUGCCCUUUUAAAGAAAUCAGGGUCUUAUACUUGAAAUUUGAAAAGACCUAAAGAUGUGGGUUGUUAUUUAAACUCCUGUUUUGAUGAAUAAUAAUAAGUGUUUUUGUGUUACAAACUCAUUUCUGUGUUCGACUUCAUCCCAGAUCCUCCUCAUGGCCUUCCUGAAGGUACUGGAAGACGGGAGUCACAUGAUCAUGAUGGAGUGUCCAGAUGCAGUCAACACACUCCUCCAUGAGUUCUUCCUCUGGGAGCCGGCCACCUUACCUCCGCCAAAGAAAGAGACCAAAGCACGUCCAGAGACCGCCAAAACCCAACAAGACAGCGCGAAGGCUACAACUGACCCUGCCAAGGUCCGACCUGCCACUGCUCGGCAAGCUUCACCGAACUGCAUCAAAGAGGAAAAAUCAGGCAGCUAGAGCGAGAAAUGAGAGACGAUUACAGCUGAAGCUUCCAGGGGUUGAUACACUCCAACAGAACGGGCCCCCCGCUCUGAGGGUCCUUAUCAUCCGCGCUGGUUCUGGCAAGUCUAUCUGAAAUAUUUCAGCUAACAGAGGCCAAAGUGAAAGUUGUCAAGUUUGACUUGAGUUUGGUCAGCUGCUGUGCUGAAAGAUCGAGGAAGAAGGGCUCAGUUCUUUGGUGCUGGAGGUCCAGUCUUCAGUACACAGCUCCCUGUUCCUGUACAGGCUGAAAGACAUAGCUGUGCCUUCAAGUGGAGGCUGUCAGUGAUGCAAGGUGGAACAAGAUCUGAGAAACUUACAUGCAACCAUCAUCGCAAAACAAACACGAACCUUUUGCAAGUGAUGCAUCUGACUGUGUUGGACAAAUCAACCACACUGAAACCUUCCUGAGAAAUGAUGACACUAGAUUGCCUGGUUGGAUUUUUUCAUCUUUAACUUGAAGGUGAAAAUCAAACAAGGCUCCUGUUAUAUCAGCAGAAAUACCAGAGUCUGAACCAUUUUAAAACAAGCAGAGUUAGCUUCAUGUUUUAGCCAAAGUGAGGAUUGUAACUGUGGCACAGAGGGACAGCUGGGAAAUGGUUGAAGGGUAAUGUUUGUAGCAAAGUUUCUCCAUCGCACAUAGUGAGAAAUUUACAUUUUUUGUGUUUUAUGUGAUGCAGUGGUUAUGUCUGAGGCUUCCAAGAAGUGAAACAGGACAUUGUUUUUGCAUUUUUUGUCUUUUAACCGUAAAAAAAGAAGUAGGCCCACCUUUGACUGUAAGUAUUACGUCCUUAAAAGGACAGAAGUGAAAGUAAAUGUGCUGCUUCCGAAUUCAGGGGAAUGUGUCUCAACUCAAGUGUGACCUGCUUAAGUGUGACCUGCUUCCUGUAAAAGCUGAGUAGACUCACCCAUGAACCACCGCAGCAUCCUAAUGCUGGCAAAACAUUCAAGAUUUUCUAUCAGUCAUUUAAGAAAGUGAAAACAUAACGUAGUCUAGACUCUACAUCUAAACUGAAAAGUUUUAAGCAUUUUUUCUAUUUUAAUUAGAUAAUUAUGGCCCACAGCUCAAAAAAUAAAACAUUUCAAAUUAUUAGAAGAUUCAUUUUUUAAUUCCCU